AGUUACAUUAAGUAGUUACCUAAAAUCCAAUAUGGCGGAGGUAGCCAAAAGGCUGUUGAAGGAUUUGAAUCAGAAAACUUAGAAUCGUACCUCGAAUCAGGGAAAUCUUCUAAUGGCUAGAGAAAAUGAUUGACUUAACUGGCUCGUCGGUGCCGGAAAUCUGGUUUGCUUUCGUGAGAGGAGAUGUACCAUCAUCCAAGUAGAGCGGCCAAGACAGGACGGGUGGUUGCUAGGGAUGGUGCAAAUUUCGGCUUGCAAUACAGUUUGCAGGCUCAAGCAACUCCAGUUAUUGAAAGACCUCCAGGCAAGCAGGGGGUUCCAGAGUGGAAACAAAACCCUUACAGUCGGGAAUCUGGAUCUUUAACCAGACCAGCAUCAAACACAAGGAUUGAGAAUGGAACAAAGUAUCGGCACACCAUGUCACCUCCUCAAGAUAUUGAACAUCCUCCAUCUAUUUUACAGUAUUCUCAUUCAAGUAUUGAUCCAGUACCAGACACAAAACAGCAUUAUGCCACAACAUCUUUCAGAGAACUCCAUAAGGUACAACGUCAGGUGUUGCAGCCAGCACCAGCCUUUGUUGCAGACCAUUCUACCGCUAUAACAGGAGCAGUGGCCAUGAGUCAAAUAACUCAGGAAGGUUCACAUGAUGAUAGUCUACAAGGACGACAAACUUUAAGUGCAGGAUCACAUUCUCAAUCCAGAAAUAAAACACAGGUGUUUUUACCAGGAGACAGAGUUAUAUUUGCUGAGUCACCCACAUUUCCUGGUGUACCUAUUGUUUACCGACUUCCUGAGGAAAGGCAGGCAAAUCCUGACAGGCUCAACCUUGACAGGAGGAGGUUAACAAUCUGCCCAAUUCUGGAAGGUGAAGACUAACUGAGGCUUCUCAACUUUCAGCACAAUCUAAUCAGUAGAAUCUCUCAUCUGGAAAACCUGAAGAGGCUGAUCUUCUUGGAUUUCUAUGAUAACCAGAUUGAAGAGAUAUCAGGUCUCUCUGCUCUGCGAUCACUCAGAGUACUCAUGCUGGGAAAAAACAGGAUCAGGAAUAUCAGUAACUUGGAUUCUCUCACAAAGCUUGAUGUUUUGGAUCUUCAUGGCAACAAAAUAAUUAAGAUUGAGAAUCUUGGACAUCUCACUGAAUUGCGAGUUCUUAACUUGGCUGGAAAUGAAAUUGUUCAUGUGAGUAAUGUUAGUGGAAUGAGGGCACUGGCUGAGCUCAACUUGAGGAGGAACAAAAUUUGCACUGUGGAAGAAGUUGAUUUGCUGCCAAAUCUUCAGAGAUUAUUUCUCAGUUUUAAUUGCAUCACAAGCUUUGAUGACAUUCAGUGCUUGUCAAACUCCUUGUCUUUAAAUGAGUUGUCCAUGGAUGGAAACCCCUUUGCCACUCACUCCACCUACAAGCAGAGUGUUCUCAGAAAUCUUUCAAGCUUGCGGCAGUUGGACAUGAAAAGAAUAUCAGACGAGGAAAAGAGAAUUGCCUCAGUUAUGGCCAGAAAAGAAGAAGAGAAAAAGAAGGAAAUCAAUAAAUUAGCGGUACUGAAGGAGAAGCGUCGCAUUGCUAUUAACAAUGCGCAGCGGCAGUGGGAGGUGACUCGCAUCAAAGAAGUCAGUAGUAAGCCAGACUCUUUGCCUUCAAGAGAUAACUUAGAAAUUCUGCCUCAGAUCUCUCGGAAUGGGCUUCCUGAUUCUACAGAAGAUGCUGUCCCCUCCCCUCUGAGUAUUUGCCACUUGGCCGAGCUGGAUAGUGACACUUUGUUCUUGUAUGGCCCAGGCUCCCUAGACGCGCUGGAUCGUCACUGGGGUAGCCAGGCUGUACAAGCUGUCAGUGCGAUCUCCUUUAAAUUUAUCAAUUUUGACAACAUCGUUCCCCAACUGUACAAGAUCAGGGCCCGCUUUCCCUCCCUAGUGGGUCUUAUUUUUACAGAAACUAACAUUAAAAGUCUGCAGCAAAUCAAUUGUUUAUCCCUGUUAAGAAGACUUGAACACAUCUCCAUCAGUAUUGAGGGAAAUCCCAUAACAUCGUUCACUCUGUGGAAACCUUUUGUGUUGUUCCGUCUGGCACAUUUCUCUCUCAGAAAGAUCAAUGAUAUUGAGGUCACAGCUGAAGAUAAUGUCAAUGCGGAGAAACUGUUUGGGACCUUGGCUCAUAUUACCACAUCACAGCUGCCUCAAUCCAGGCUUCUUACCAUGCUAGGGGAUUCAAGACGGAAGCAAGUGCUUGACGCUGAUAAAAAGAAACCCGAAGGAAAACACGAACGGGCGCCUUCGAACGAAUCUGUCAGCCGGGCAGGACUGCAGUACUGGCCGGCUGAUUCACAAAAUACUCACGGCCAGGAAGCAGAAGAAAGGCGCACAUUUGCUGUGAAUUAUAUGAAGGAGAUUGCACAUACGGCUAUACUUGCUGACCGAAAGAAAAAGAAACUGAAUGAGAUAUUCCCAGGAUUGUUAAGUAACAUGGUUGAAAGAGCUCUAGCAGACUUAACUGAUUUAGACACUUUUAUGAAAAGCGGCUAUGAAGAGGUGAAAAGCAAGUGAAACUGAAGAAGAAAAGUGUAAGAAAAGUAAAAUUCGUCACCUAAGAAGCGCUUUCUGUGUAACUGACUGUAAUAUAGCAAAAUGAGACUUUGAAAGUCUGUAACACCCUCGGCAUUCACAGCGAUGAAGCAAACAAACUGAAUAAAGCCAGGACGGGAAAAGAAAACAGAGCACACCGGGGAACUUUAACAGUUAUGUCUGAAGCUAUAGCCGUUCUAUCGAGGUAAACAGAAUAUCUGCGAUUAAUUGUAAUAAGCGAGCGAUAUUUUUUCAACGAUGAAUUUCUUAGCACAACGUGCUAUUCGAUGUUUCACUCGUCCACUCCACUUAUUAUUUCAGAACACCUAGCAAAAUUAUUUGUAUGUUUGAAUUUGUAGAUACUAUAUAAAGUUUCCCAAGAGUUUUCCUCCAAGAAGAAAGUAUGAAAAAAUUGUGUUCAUCAUAAAAUACUACUAAAGGAUUGUUUCUGUACUCUU